GUUUUUUUAUAAGUUAUAAGAGUUUUGAAGUUCGUUUAAUCUUUUUUUAGUACAUUUUUAUAGCGGCUACAUUCUUUCACUGGCUUUAAGUGAGGUUAUGAAAUAUAAGAUGAAAAAACAUUUUUUCAUAAAUGCGAGUGUACUUCAAGUUCUUCCUCUCACCAUAAGUGUUGAAGACAAUGGUUAUUACCUUAUCAAUAUCCUAAAUGGAUAACUAGUACAACAGUGAUGGGAAGUCUUCCAAACUUAAGGGAUCUUGAAAAGGAAAUUGAAAUAUAUAGACCCGUUUGUAAAAAAUUUCCAAUACACUAUCGCAAUUACAUAAAAGGCUAUGACCCAUAUGUAUCGCAUAAUAAGGCUAUACGCCACACUAGGAGCAUGGGAAAUUACACAACAACCCUGUUGUAUACUCAUACUGAUAAAAUCAACCAUUUUUUUACUACUGAUGAUGCUAACGGAUACUCUCCAGUUUCAACACGAUCAACGAGGUCCAGUUGUACCCUCCAUCAUCACAUCAAUAACUCAUUUCUGUUAAGGAGAAAUUCACGUCAACGAGAUUCAAUGUCUAGUUCUGGUGGAGCUUCUUCUGUAAGAAGAUUGAUAGCAGCAGUUCGCUCAACACCCUCAAAAUCUGGUCCCAUUUACUCUCGAAGACUAUUGUUCAGAAAUUUUGCUGCUUUGUGUUUGGGUCAUGCUAUGAUAACAGCAGCUUUUGUACCACUGUUUACCCUUCAAGGUUCUAUUUCUGUUUGGUGGUGGCAAACAGACUACUCAUUUUUACCAAAGUUCUUUUAUCCAAAUUAUGAUGUUGGGUCAUUGUUGCUUACAUCUCUUUUUGCAAUUGGAGCUUUAUCCACACUUGGUACUGUUUUUCUACUGAACAAACUUGGUACCAACUGGACCUUGAUUCUUAGCUACGGUGGAACAUGUGUUUUCCUAGGUGUACAUCUUUAUCCAAAUAUUUACACUUUGGUUCCAGCUUAUUUAUUCAUGGGAAUCUGGCUCGGUCCUCUAGCAGGUGCUAGAAUUACCUGUCUCAUGACUCUUGCUACAAAAUUAACUUAUGUAAUGACAGAGCAAGAAGAAGGAGAAGUAGAUAACUCUCAGGGUUUAAGGAAAACUGAAGUUGUAGUUCAUAAACUCUCAAGAGGACUGCAAAUUGCUCAAGAUUUUGGUUUGAUAGUUGGCAAUGUAGCUACAUCAUUCCUUAUUUGGUAUACAUCUAGUAGUUUACAUGAUGUAAAUGAAACUGAAGUUAUUCUGGAUUCCAUGUUUUCUCUUGAAAACAAUGGAGAACGAAUUUGUGGUAGUACAGCUUGUCCACUUCCCGUUAAUGCUGAAUUAACUAAUAGGCCCUUAAAUCCUUAUGACAACCUUAAUAUGAGCAGUGUUUAUCAACCUAUGAGUAUUAGCUGUAAGACAAGUACUAUGUUAGUUAGUGUUUUUCUUGGUUUUUGUGUUAUGGGUGUUGCAGUUACUGCUGCUUUUAUGGAUCAUAUUCGAAUUCUUAUUCAUAAAGAAACCAAUUCUGGAAAUGCAUGCAGUUAUUCCUUCCGUCUUAUGCAAGAAGCCUUUAAAGAUCCAAGACUUCAGUUAGCUGCUCCACUAUCAGUAUUCAUAGGACUUGAACAGGGAUUUAUGUAUUCUGAUUUCUCUAAGUCUUAUGUUGCUUGUGCUCUUGGCAUAACUGACAUUUCAUUAGUAUUUCUGAGCCUGGGAGUAUUGCAGUCUAUAGCAGCUUUUACCCUGAGUUUGCUCAUUCAACAUAUUAGAAGGCAUAUAGUAAUUGCUGUUGGAUUUUUUUUUCAAUCGUGUUUAUUGCUUGUGCUCUUUCUUUGGAAGCCCUCAAAAGAAGAUCCAGCUCUUUUUUUUGUUGUUCCUGCUGUUUGGGGAGUAUGUAAUGCGAUUUGGGAUAUACUAAGUUUUUCUCUCCUAGUCUCGGUGUUCCCAGACAGCUGGCAAGCAGCAUUUGCUCACUGCUAUUUUUUUAGAUACUUGGGAUUAGCAUUAGCUUUUGGUAUACACGGUUCAUUAUGUAAUUGGCUCAAACUUUAUGGACUAGCUGGUGCAAUGGUAAUUGCUGUGACACCAUACACCUGGUUAGAAAUGAAACAAGAAUCAAAAAAGAGACUGAAAUCUCAAUUAACAAAUUUAUGACAUAAAAGGUUUAAUGGAAUAUGUUAAUUUUCUGUCAUGUUUUAUUUUUUUAUUGUUAGUUUGUAUGAUAAAUGGGAAGAAAAAAAAAAUUAACCUAAAACCUGAAAUAAAUGUAUCCAUUACAUAUCCUGUUAGCUAGAUGAUAUAAAUAUCUAUAUAUGUUUGUGUAAAAACACUGCAACUUGUACAUACUAUGUAUGUGUGCACAAAUGUUAGUAUAUUCCGUUGUGACAAAUGUAUGGAAAUAUUUCCUGUUAAUGUUAAAUUUUCUAUGUAAAAUUUGUUGUGUAAUCUAUGUAAAGAUGUUUUAUAUGUAAUUCAAUUUUGAAAUAUAUAGUAUCUUUGUAUUUUAAGAAAAAGAGCAUAUAUUUCGUUGUAAAUAAAUAACCAUUUGUUUCUGUUCCAAUGAAUGUUAUAAAUGUAUUAUUAAAUAAAAAACCC